AUGAAUACUUUUAUUCAAGAAAUAGAGCUCAAGCCUGGCUUAUUAUCCCAAAGAAUGUUAGCAAAAUGCAAGAACUUAAAGAAAGUGACAAUUAUUGAUACUGAUCCAGAUGAUGUUAGGCUUAAAACAAUUCCAACUAAAUUUUUACAUGAAUCAUCCGUAUCGGAAAUAAUACUACCAGAUAAAUUUAACAGAAUUGAACCAUUGGCCUUUGCUUUCACAAACAUCAAAACUUUUGAACUCAAAAAACAGAUGAAAUUCAUAAGCUCCACUGCAUUCUCUGGAAUCGAUGAUAUUCAAUUGCUAAUAGGUGAUAACAAGAAUUUCAAGAUUCUUGAACAUGAAGUUCUCGAUAUCAAUACUAAACAACUCGUUUUCACUUUCGGCAAACUUCCUUCUGUUUAUAUCCUACCAAGAGAAGUCAGAUCAAUUGCAGCAAACUCGAUUAUUUCUCAUCCUGUUUAUGAUGAAAACAAUGGAAGCAUAAUUGAUUAUGGUGUCACAACACUUGUUGUUCCUGGAACUGUUGAUGCAGAACAGGAUUCUCUAGCAAAUCUUCCUUACUUAACAAAUCUCUGUUAUGGUGGUUCAUUAGCACCAAGAUACUUGAUUUCUCCAACAGUCGAUAGAAUUUUCGUUACAAAUAACUUCAUUCGCAGAAACUGGUUAACAGCCGAUGGUGGCGCAAGGUAUAACAUUACCAGAGGUCCAUGCAAUACAUCUCUUCCUUUUGAAGAAUUUAUAAAUGAUAUGUAUAAACCAAUUAUAAUUCCAGUUGAACCACCUGAAGAUGAUAAUGAGACCGAGUCUUCAGUUACCAAUAAUACUCUAGAUACAACAACAUCAUCAACUAAGGAAUUAAUUACAAUAGAUGAACCUAAUAAGAAAACAACAACACCUCUUCUUAUUACUCUUGUUAUUUUGGCUGCCCUUGAAGUUCUUGCUAUCACUGGCAUUAUCCUGUACAUCGUGCUAAAGCGUGAUGAUGAUAGUGAUGACUCAGUUAUCGAGAUGAAUGCAGAAACAAUAACAGCUGUCACUGAUCUUGAUGUAUCUGUAACAGUUGAUAAUCCUUUAUUUACCCACGAAAUGAUGGAUGAUGAUCCAUUCGCCAAAGAUUUCGAAGAGAAAGAUAAAACUGAGAAUUUCUUUGAUACUGGAAUUGUAGAUGCAGAAAAUUAA